UCGAAACAAAGUAGGGAGUGAUCCAACCGGAUACUUCGAUGCGUCCGCCCUCCUCCCAUUAAAAUCCCAGCCAACGUUACCAACACAGCCGAACGCCCGACUCUAUCGAUUCCUCCGCCCACUCUGAGCUCUUCUCCCCUCUUCAAAUUCCCCACAAACACACACAAACACGCACACACACACACACACGCACACGCUCUUCAAUGGAGUCCACAGCCAUGGCGAGAUCUCUCCUCUCUCUUACCCCUCCCAACUCAACCUUCUCCCUCUCUCGCCCUCGCUCCGCUCUCCCCCUCCUCCCUCCCUCUCGAUCCGCAAUCUCUCCCUCAAACCCUAAAUUCUCCAUCUCCAUAUCUCGGAGCAGCUCCUCCGAUGGCGCUGUCACCGUCGAGGAGAAGAUUCCGAUCGAGAAGCAGUUCCCGCCGUUCCCCUCGAUUAUGGACAUCAACCAGAUCCGCGAGAUCUUGCCACACCGGUUUCCGUUCCUUUUAGUGGAUAGGGUGAUUGAGUAUGAGGCAGGUGUUACAGCGGUCGGAAUCAAGAACGUUACUAUAAAUGACAACUUUUUUCCGGGUCAUUUUCCUGAGAGACCUAUUAUGCCUGGUGUUCUCAUGGUUGAGGCCAUGGCCCAGGUUGGAGGCCUGGUAAUGCUACAACCAGAAGUGGGUGGCUCUCGCGACAACUUCUUCUUUGCUGGCAUCGACAAAGUGAGGUUUCGGAAGCCUGUGAUUGCAGGGGACACUUUAAUAAUGAGAAUGACACUCGUCAAAUUGCAAAAACGCUUUGGAAUCGCCAAGAUGGAAGGAAAGGCGUAUGUUGGAGGGGAAGUUGUGUGUGAGGGCGAGUUUUUGAUGGCUAUGGGAAGCGAAUCUUGAGUUGAUUUCGCGAAUAAGACCUGUGCAAUUCUGAAUUGCAUUUUUUGCCAAGAACUUUAUGAGUUUUAAGUGAUAUUUUUGUGUACUUUGUGUUUUAGGCAACUUUGUUUCUGAUUCUACUUCCGUUUAGCUUUGAAAACCAUGGUGCUUAAGUGCUUUACUGGUGCCUGCAUACCUAUACAAUUGUAGUUUAAACAGUUUGGUGGGUAAAUUAUGUGCUGUUAUUUCAAUUCUGUGCCUGAGGAGUCAGUUUUUUUCUUUUUUA